AUGGAACAAACUCCGAUCAACGAAGACUCACCCGUCAGCAAAAAGGCCGCCAUGAAGCAAGAGAAGCUUCGCCGGCCCCAAGAGCAACAAGCCCUGGCCAUCGCAUCUCGCUCUCUUGCCGUUGACGACGAGCUGGACCAGCUCGCAGCCAACUACGGAGAGUUUCCGCUACAAUUGAAGACAGUGGAGAACGUCAGCCGACGGACCCAGGUUGCCGCUCUGACCAACGCAUUAGAGAACUGCUCGGUGCGGAUUUGA